UAUUCUGAAAUGGUUGAUGUUUCAAAGGGACUUAUUUUGAGUCGCACGCAAUAUAGAAGAGGGACUUCAUAGUAGAUAUGACAGAUAAGGCUUGCCUUAACAUUAAUUAUUUCUGAAAUAUUUUGAAUCCAUGCAAACAUAACACGGAUUUCUAUUUCACGGGAAGAUGUUCAAUCAUCUUCGGCAACCUGUACAAUGGCUUCAACCUUGGACGCAGUUGUGUGCUCUCCUUCGACGGAGAGUUCACAAGUUGGCCUCGCUCAAAGAAGCCAGCGUUUUAUCCCCAAACAAAGUGAAACGCUUGCUCUACCCUCUGACAGAUGUAGAGGCAUACCUGGACAGCUCUGUGGAUAGGACACAGUUUCAUCUAUUUCAUCCCCAUGUAGAUGAUGUUCUAAAAGCUGAGAGGCUUUUUUGCCCCUCACCAUCUCAUAGGAUUGAUUAUUAUACGUCAGCAGAGAGGAUGGACCACUCACCUGCACUAAAACAACCCGAGGUGUGUUUCAUUGGCCGAAGCAAUGUGGGGAAGUCAUCUCUUAUCAAAUGCCUGUUUUCCCUGAGUCCUGAGGUGGAAGUCAGAAUCUCCAAAACCCCCGGUCACACAAAAAAGAUGAACUUCUUUAGAGUGGGCAAGGCUUUCACCAUCGUGGACAUGCCAGGUUAUGGACAUCGAGCACCCAAAGAUUUUGUGGAUAUGGUUGAACCAUAUCUCUAUUCAAGAAAGAAUCUUGUCAGAACAUUUUUGUUGGUGGAUGGCAGCGUUGGACUGCAAAAGACUGAUCACAUCGCCCUUGAGCUGUGUGAGGAGACUAGAUGUCCAUAUGUGAUGGUGGUGACUAAGAUCGAUAAAUGUAGUCGUGGCUCACUACUGACAAACUUACUGCAGUUUCAAGAUGUGAUUAAAAUACAGACCUCGGGCUGCUUCCCCCAGCCAUUUUUGGUCAGUUCCCUCAAGUUUUCAGGGAUCUACCUCCUGAGAUGCUUCAUUGCUCAUAUAACAGGCAAUAUCCUUUUAACAGACACCUGUCAAAAUUGAUUACACACUAGCUUUGUGUAAAAAGGUGGUCCUGGAACUCUGUUGCGGUUUUUCUUGUGAUCCCUUGAGCAGUGACAUAUAAUAAAUGUACAGGUUUGAAGACA